AGAGUAAUGGACCCCACGAAUUGAAGAAAAGUCAAAACACCUCGAAGUUCGAACCAACGUGUAAAUUUGGCUAGGUAGCUACCGUGGAUAAAUGGUUUCAUUGCCAUUGUCAGGCUGACCAUAAGCUAGCUCAAGCCAAGAUUCUUACAGCUCAAGCUAGGUUUAUAAAGCCUUGAGCUAGCGACCACAUCAACAUUGAGCUAGGCUGUUCCAUAGCUAGGCUGCUCAGUUGGUCGAGCGUUGGACUCCCAGUCGUAAGAGACCGGGUUCGAGUCGCUCAGGCCCUCAAUACCUAUUUCAGACUUGACGGUGGUGGUCUGCGCUUGGUGGGAACUUCCGCAGCCAAUUGAAACCACAGGUGCAAUGGUUCGUCUUGUGAUCAAGCGAGGUGAUGAUGAGCAAUUUCUCUAUGAAACCAGCAUAUCAGAAAAACUUGAUGAUACAAUAUAUAAUAUCUGCACCAUAUUCAAUGGAAGACUUAAAGUACUGAGGCUAGUGUCAGAGUUCUCGGAACUGGCGCAGCAUGGCAUUGCGCUGCCGCCAGAGAUGGUUGGCCUCACAGAGGAUCAAGUGACAGACCUGAAGCUGCAGGACUCGCAGGCCGAUAUCGCCGUGCCCUCGGGGGGCUUCCAGAUGCGCGCUGACCCGCUCGGGCGGCGGAACGGCCGAGCGCCCAAGGACAAUAUGGCCCAGGUGCUCACCAAGGCCAGGGACGAGGCCGCCGCCAUCGUGGCCAAGGACCAGGCGCGCGCCGGCGUGCCGCUGACGGAGCGGCUGGUGGCCGAGGCGCUCUCCAUCCUGCGCGGCGCCACCAUGAUCGUGUACCCGAUGGGCCUGCCGCCCUACGACCCGGUCCGCAUGGAGCUGGAGAACCGGGAGGACCUCAGCGGCACGCAGGCCUCACUGCAGGUGAUGGAUCCAGGUCUCGCGCAGCUCUGGUUCUCUGGGAAAGAAAUGCUUAGAGGCAAGACCCUGGCAGACUACAUCGGGAAAAAUGAGAAAACCAAAGUGGUCGUCAAACUGCAGAAGAAAGGCCAGGGCGCGCCGGGCCGUGAGCCGCUGAUGACUGAGGAGGAGCAGAAGAAACUGAUGGCCGCCGAGUUCCGACGUCAGGAGGAGCUCAAGCGUCUGGAGCGUGAUCUGGACGACACCCACCUGAGCUCGCCGUGGGCCGACAGUGGCGCCCUCAAACGCCAGUUCCACGGACUCAACAACGUCUCCUGGGGCCCGCGCUAGGCGCCCGACCGCCUCCCUGCCGGGCUCCCGGAUCGUUUACGUUCUAUGUGAUAUCUUCUGCCUUUGCUGACGAGCCGCGCGCCGGUCUGCUGGCUGUGCGCCCCUCUGCGCCGCAGACUGCUCCGGAGGCGGCCCCGCGCAGCCGGGCAGCCGCCGACCCGCCCCCCGACUCCUGUGAUACGGAGCGGGCCCGGGCCCGGGCGCGACCAGCUGCUCUGGCGCUUCUGCGCUUCUAUUCCAGUUGUUAGAAUCCUUCGAAUUUCCCCUCUGUUCGUUCCUUUUAUUUGUUGUAACGGUAUCACUCUCAAAUGUUUUUGUUUUGCAUCUUACUUCCAGUCUCUUUCUUCUUAGUCUUCUCGUUCAAUUCGUGUAUGAUCUGCUCUUUCCCUGUCUUCUUUCCCAUUCCCCUUCUCUUUUUACCUUUUCCUGCCCUUUUCCCCUCUCCCUUGCCUCUGCCUCGCCUCCCACCUGCCUCAGCGCCUUCAGCUGAUCUCCACAAAUCGUGCGCGGCCGCCCGGACAGCCGGCCGCGUCAGACAUAUCUAGUCAGCGGACGGCGGCGGCGCCGCGUCGUUCAGUCUUUUCUCACAACUGCGCACCGCGUUUUCCAGUCACUUCUCGAGCGUCCCUAGACGGCGCUCCUCGCUCCGGGAGCGGCCAGUUCAGGCCGGCGGGCUGCCGCGCCGCGCCAGAGCCGCUUCUCAAAUCGGCACUCACGCGCUGCGCGUCAACAUGCAUUUUCCAUGAGCUAAUGUAUGGCGCGUGUUUUGCCUCCAUUCUCCAUUAUCAAAUAAGGUUUUAAUAAAGUGUUCGCUUUAUGA